AUGAUGGAAGCCAAUUCAUGUACCACUCCUAUGACCACAGGAUCAAAGUUGUUUCCAAUGGAUAGUGAGCUGUUUCUGGAUCCCAGUUUGUAUAAGAGUAUAGUGGGUGCUCUUCAAUAUCUCACUUUAACAAGGCCUGAUCUCAGCUUCACAAUGAAUAAGUUAAGUCAAUUUUUGCAGUCUCUUACUGAUCUACAUUGGCAGGCUUGUAAAAAGGUAUUACGGUGCAUUCAAGGCAUAAAAGAUUAUGGUCUUAAGUUCACACCAACUGCCUCUUUAGAGAUUGAGUGUUAUGCUGAUGCGGAUUGGGACAAUAACAUAGAGGACAGAAGGUCCACAAAUGGGUAUUGUGUCUACUUAGGACCAAACCUAAUCCAAUGGAGCUCUAGAAAACAGAAGGUAGUAUCUCUAUCCUCUACUGAAGUAAGUACAGAGCUUUGGCACAUACAACCACUGAAAUUGCCUGCCAAUAACUUGCAGUUGUUUGAGGAAGCAAAAAUGCAGUAA